AAAAAGAUAAUGGUAGAACCAAAGAUAAUAGCUAAUGUCUUUAAACAAAAAUUAUUUUUAAAAACUAAACUAUGUUAAUAAUUCUUUGUCAUUGCAUUUAUUAUCAAAUUAAUUAUUUACUCUUUUUUUCAGUUAUGGAAUUCGUCAAGACAAAUAAAGGUGGUAAAAAAUUAUUACAUGAAGAAUACUCUUACUGUUUCCAUAAGAAAAGUUCAGUAGCGAUUAGAUGGCGUUGCACACAACAACACUGUGUUGUAAAGGUAAGAAAAAACUACUUUUGUGAAGUAAUGCCUAUCUUUAAACUAAUGGAAUAUAUUUUUAUAAAACGUCAUGGAGAAUUAGUGAAAGAAGCCAUGGUAGAAGCUGCUGAUUCACUUUUUGAAGAAUUUAGAAAUAAAAAGGAAAUAGUUUCAGCUAUAAACACGUUGCAAUUAUCAGCACGAACUGUUACUAGAAGAAUUGAAGUAAUUGCGGAGAAUUUGGAGGCAGAAUUAGCAAAUUAUAUGGAAAAUUGUAUUUUCUUUUCGCUACAGAUGGAUGAAUCGACAGACGUGACAAAUAUAUCACAAUUAGCAAUUUGCGUGAAGAUGUGCAAGGGCAGUCUUAACACCAGUUUCGACAGAACUGAAAUUUUAAACACUUCCCAGCAUUCGCAUUCUCCGGAUGAACAUUUAAAUGAAAGAAUAAAUGCCUUGCUAAACAUGAAGAGAAAAGCGGAGGAAACACACGAUAAACCUUCGCAGAUAUUUGCGGAAACAGUAGCUGCAAUGUCGAUGGAUGCAAUGAUGACUCCCCUUAAAAGAACAUUAAGGAAUCAUAAAGCCAAGGGUAUACCAAAAGAGCCCCUGGAUCUCAAAGACUUGAAAUUGGAAGAUUGUUUCCCAGAACCUAAAUAUAUAUAUUUUUUUGUUUCUGGGGAAUGGAAAGAAAAUCUACUGUUUGAUAAUGGCAGUCUUCAGGAUAGAAUUUUAUUAUUUGGCACAAGUGAUACCCUUUACCUAUUGCAAGAAACAUCAAAAUGGUUUCUAGACGGCAACUUCGGUCUUGCACCCAGACAUUUCACUCAACUUUAUGUUGUGCGGGUGGGGGUUGAAGAUGCAUAUAUUACAGCAAUAUAUGCCUUACUUCAAUCAAAGAAAAAAUCGACAUACGAAGAGCUUUUUAGAACUUUAAUUGAAAAAUAUGGCAACUUCCAAAAUAGAUAAAAAAAAGCAAUGAAAAGAGCCUCUACAGAAGUGGCAGCCGAAGGCUUUAAAUGGCUGGCUGAGAUGGAAAGUACUUUUAUAGAGCUGUAUGGAAAGUAUGAAUAUAUUUGGAAUGUAAAAAAUCCUUUGUAUAAACAUAGAAUGCUUCGACGAGUAAGUUUCGACGAAAUAAGUAAGAAGUUGGUCGUCGAUUAUCCUCUGCAUGCAGCAGAAUUUACAAUU